CGAUGUAUAUAUACACACUGCGGAUCAGAGGAGAUCAUUGCAGUCUGAAGAACAGCAAGAAACCACCUUCAAACAUGUACAAAUUGGUCGUCCUCUCCGCCCUCUUGGCCAUCGCUUACGCCGCCCCCGGCUAUGUCGCCCCCGUGGUCCCAGUCGCCACCUCUCACCACUCCGUCGUGAAGACCUCCGUCGUACACCCCGUACCGGUCGUACACGCUGCCCCCGUCGUACACGCUGCUCCCCUUGUACACACCGUCCCCGUCGUCAAGACCGUCCACACCCCCGUCGUACACACCGUCCCCGUCGUCAAGACCGUCCACACCCCUGUCGUACACACCGUCCACGCCGCUCCAGUCGUCCCAGUCGUCAAGACCUUCCACCACCCGGCUGUCCUCGUCCACUAAAUUGUUACCGAUUUAACGAAAAUACAAUGACCCACCUUGAUUCUUCCGUAAUUUAAAAAUACAAAUAAAAUAUUCUUUUGUAUAAAACAAAA